CUGUGAUUUCGUACCAUUUCAUUUUGCAUUUGGCUUCCUCCACUUCAAUUUCCUUUUCUAUACCUCCGAAAUGGAUUCUCCGAUCUCCUUUUUCCAGUUGAAUACUGGUGCUAAGAUCCCCUCCGUCGGCCUCGGAACUUGGCAGGCAGCUGAAGGUCUCGUCGGUAAUGCCGUUGCCGCCGCCGUCAAGUUCGGAUAUCGACAUAUUGAUUGUGCUCAAAUCUAUGGUAACGAGAAAGAGAUUGGUUCAGUUCUCAAAAAGCUUUUUGAAGAUGGUGUAGUUAAACGUGAGGAUAUGUGGAUCACGUCCAAACUCUGGUGUACUGAUCAUGCUCCAGAAGAGGUUCCUGCAGCACUUGACAGAACCUUGAAAGAUCUGCAGCUUGAUUACCUUGAUCUCUACCUGAUCCAUUGGCCAGUUCGGAUGAAACAUGGAUCUACUGGCUUUGCCCCUGAAAACUUUCUUGCGCCAGACAUACCAAGCACAUGGAAAGCCAUGGAAGCACUCUUUGAUUCUGGAAAAGCCCGAGCUAUCGGUGUAAGCAAUUUCUCCUCCAAAAAACUUGGAGAUUUGCUCGAGGUAGCUCGCGUUCCCCCAGCUGUCAAUCAGGUGGAGUGUCACCCAUGUUGGCAGCAGGACAAAUUACGUGAAUUUUGCAAAUCAAAAGGAGUUCAUCUAAGUGGAUACUCCCCAUUGGGUUCACGUGGGACAACUUGGCUCAAGGGUGGUGAUAUUCUUGAAAACCCAAUUCUUAAAGAGAUUGCAGAAAAACUUGGUAAGACUCCUGCACAAGUUGCCCUUCGUUGGGGACUACAAAAGGGUCAUAGUGUGCUUCCAAAAAGUACUUCCGAGUCAAGGAUCAAAGAGAAUUUGGACGUUUUCGAUUGGUCGAUACCUGAAGAUUUGUUUGCUAAGUUUUCUGAGUUCCAUCAGGCAAGGCUUAUUGUAGGAACCUUUUUUGCUAAUGAAAAUUAUGUGUACCGGACGGUUGAGGAAUUGUGGGAUGGAGAGAUUUAAAGGUGUUUGCUAAUAUCAUUUGGAGAUUACAAAGAGAAUCUCCUUCGCGGCAUUUCGGUACAACAGUUGGUAUGAAAAUAAUUCAAGUUCUUAAGUAAUGAAUUGUGGUAACUUAAGUUCUAUUAUAUGUUAUUUUAUUUGGGUUCUUCUCCUUGUAGAUGUGCUCUAGUCUUUAAGAGUAUAUGUUUUAGAGGGGCUUUAAAAGUUUGGUUGGGUUAUUUUGAUAUGUGAUAAUUGGAACACCGGUGGAUUUAGUAUAAGAUUGAGUCCCUUUGUCGUCUUUAUAUAAUAUAAUAUAUAUAUAUAUAUAUAUAUAUAUAUAUAUAUAUAUAUAAUUAUUUAAUCUUUAA